AAGAUACCGCGUUUAGUUUCAGUUUUGGUUUAUUACUCUUGUAAUUCAGUUCAAUAAAUAGUGUGAGUGUUGAUCCAGUCAGAACUGAGAUUACGAAUUUAGACUUUACGAUUACGUUUGAUUCCAGUAAUCCCGUCACUAACUGCGUAGUCGAACUAACUUGGUAACGCCGAAAACAAUGUCGUGGUACUACACUCCGAAACCAACCGUAGUCCCAGCGGAGGAUUUUGAUGCUUCGGCAGAUGCCAAUGCCCUACGUGCCGCCAUGAAAGGAAUGGGGACCGACGAACAGGCCAUUAUCGACAUUUUGUGUGCCCGAAGCAAUGCCCAACGGAUGCAAAUAUUGGAAACGUACAACAACGAGUUGGAACGGGAUCUAAUCGAGGACCUCAAAUCCGAGCUGGGUGGCAAGUUCGAAGACGUUAUCGUCGCGUUGAUGCUCGCGCCCGAGAAGUACCUGUGCAAGCAACUGCACAAAGCAAUGGACGGUAUUGGCACCAAUGAGAAUGCUUUGAUUGAGAUUCUGGCACCGCAAACUAACGAAGAGGUCAAGAAGAUCGUCGACUGUUACGAAGAGAUGUAUAAUCGACCGCUGGCCGAACAUCUGUGCAGUGAAACGGACGGAAGCUUCCGCAGGCUGCUGACUAUGAUCAUUGUCGGUGCCCGUGACCCUCAGGGUACAGUUGAUGCGGAUUUAGCAGUGGAACAGGCCACUCAAUUGUACAAUGCAGGAGAAGGUAAAUUGGGUACUGACGAAGAAGUAUUCUACAAGAUUUUGGCCCACGCUAGCUUCGAUCAGUUGGAGAUUGUUUUCGAAGAGUAUAAGAAACAGUCGGGACGUACAAUCGAGCAGGCUAUGAAAGACGAACUUAGUGGCGAGCUGUACGACGCACUAAGCGCUAUCGUUGAAUGCGUUCAGAUGGCGCCACAUUUCUUUGCGAAACGCUUGCACAAAGCUAUGGACGGUGCUGGCACGGACGACACCAGCAUGAUCCGCAUAAUCGUGUCUCGCUCGGAAAUAGAUCUUCAAAACAUCAAAGAUGAGUACGAACAAAUGUACAACAAGACACUGUGGAGCUCUGUGCGGGGUGAGUGCUCCGGCGAUUACAAGCGUGCCCUCUGUGCUCUAAUUGGUGAAGCCUAAAAUCCGCGAACGAGAACAACACAUCUAUCCUAUAUUUGCUUUAUUACGAGAAUAUACCAAACAAAAAUUCGUCGAAACAAUUGUUUAUUAGAUGUAUUAGAUUAUUCAUUGACCAGCAAAAGCAGAUUAUUGACAGUUUUUGUUGCACCAACAUACUACAUACUCGAGUAAUUAUAUGCAUGUGUUUAAUGUUUAAUGUUCAAAAAAUGAGAAUUAGUGACAGAUCUUAAGAUUGCCUAGUAGAUGCAAAUUUUCAAUAAAUAGGUAGCAUUUUCCUUUCCAUUAGGUAGAGAUUGCGUGAAUCUCAACGAAAAUGCAUUUACAGGCGACCCAUCCCCGAAUACAACCUACGCAUAAGAUGCAGAUAUUUUACCAUCAACUGAAAGCAAAGGCCUUAUCGUGCAACAGUUUUUUAACCAAUUAAGAAAGGAAGAGUCAAACUCCAGAAUAUUAGUAUUUUGCUAUAUAAAGUAAUAAAUCGGAAACUUUUGCUUUG